AUAUCAGUGAAGACACUGAAAUCGUAAAUGUAGAUAAUGAUAUUGAUAUAAUUAAUAUUAGUGGGGAUAUUGAUAUAAUCGAUAUUAGUGAAGAUAUUGAAACUAUGUACAUUAGCGAUGAUAUUGAAACUAUGAAUAUUAGCGAUGAUAUUGAAAUUAUGGACAUUGACAAUAAUGUUGAAAUUAUAGACAUUGACAAUUAUGGACAUUGA